GAUAUAAGAUUUUGUUAUUACAGUUCAAACGAAGUUGCAAGUUUCAUCUCUUUGCAUUUAACUUUAUUGAGACCAAAACACGUUGAGGUGGAAAUGGGAUACAUCUCCUAGUCCUAGCUGAGUGAUGUGAGAGUGAGAAACAUGGAAGGAGUAGAGCUUGAACUGGAGAGAAGAAGCAAGUUCUUGAACAACUUGAUACAGCAGAAGAAGAAAGCUAAAGAGCAGCAAGACCAGAAAGACGAGUUCAAUGUCCGAGUUCGAGCUUCCGACAUGCCUCUGUCAGUGCAAAACAGGGCAUUCAGUUUGUCCCGUGAGCUCUUGGAUGCUACGCCUGGAAAGGCCGACAACAAACGACUCGCUCUCGCCCUUAAAAAGGACUUCGAUUCUGCCUACGGCCCUGCAUGGCAUUGCAUUGUUGGGACCAGCUUUGGUUCAUACGUGACUCAUUCCGUUGGAGGAUUCUUAUAUUUCCAGAUCGACAAGGUUUAUGUUCUUCUAUUCAAGACUGCUGUGGAACCCCUAGAUCACCAAUAAGAAAGCUGAUCCAUCAAAACAUAAAGAAGAGCAUCUUCAGUUAGUUCUGUUUUUCAAUUUCUGUCCUGUAUUCUUAUUUCUAAUUCGAUAUGUCAAUCUUCUAGACAACAUCUUUGAUACAAAUCAAGAAUAGGUUUGUCUCAUUCAUGUUCUGUAAUUACAAGUGAACUUGAUGUUCUUAAGAAACUUCUAUUUUCGGUA